AGCGAGAAAAAUUCAAGCGAUCCCGCAUUCAGAUCGCAACUUCGCAAAGCCAUGUUCUUGUCAUUUCCAUGAGAUUAAUAUCCAUUCUUCCAGUAUUCAAAGGCUCAUUGUUAAUUAUUCUCUCGUAAAACAUGUCCCCCCAUUUCCUGCAGCGUUAUUUCGACUAUGUUUUCGUACGUUCUUUUGUCCUUUCAUUUAUUUAUUCAUUGCUCCUUCCCCCUUCCUCUCUCCUUCCAUUUUCCACACAUAACAACAUUCAAUUUCCGCCUCCUUCGGCGGCCUCCCCAGAUGAUCCUCCGAUUCCUGGACUCUCAAGCGGCUUAGGUCUCGCGUACGGAUACCCCUUCGAACUCACUAUCCUACUACCUGGGACGGAAGUCUCGAAAUCUGUGAAUCUACGGCGCCAAAUGUCUCGCUUAGUCCAAGACAAGGUGGGAUGACCUUGCGUUCCUUGUGCUCUCUCUUGUGGUGGUCAUCUUGCGCCUUGUUGCGCUCGCUGUUCAAAACUGUCGAAAUUAUCAGAAACGCUAUCAGAAAGAUCUUUGGUACGAAUCGACGUGUGAUUAGUAUGGG